AAAGAAGAAGAAGAAGUACCCCCAAGAAAAGAUGCUUUCAUUCUGUCCGAAUUGUUCCAAUAUGCUUCUGAUAUCAACAGCUGACAGUGGAAUCCACAGACUAACAUGUCCCACAUGUCCAUAUGAAUUCCCUAUAGCAGGUGUAGAGAUAUUUGAUCGUAAGGAGCUACCCCGUAAACAGAUCGAUGAUGUGUUGGGAGGUGAUGGUGCUUGGGAAAAUGUGGAUCAAACAGCAGCACAGUGUCCUAUUGAUAGUUGUGGUAACGAUAAGGCAUACUUCUUUCAAUUACAGAUUAGAUCGGCAGAUGAACCAAUGACAACUUUCUACAAAUGUACCAAGUGUGGCCAUCAAUGGAGAGAAAACUGAGCAUGGUUUCAUUCCUGUGCGUUUACAUGUAUACUAUCUAUAAAAAUAUGUAUUAUAUCAAUUAAUCUGGGCCAUUAUGGAGCACUUGGAGAUGGGUUACCAAAGAAAAGGAUUACAGCUCUCAUCUGGCUUGACUAGACUCUCAACACUAAACAAUAGUAGCACUCCAAGCUGUUCUUCUUGAUA